AUUGAAAUGGCUUUAAUCAAAUAGACUUUAAAGUAAAAUCCAAAUAGUUUACAUUUGAUAAUCCUACCAUUUAAAGGUGGGAUAUUUGGCUGGUGGAUUUAUUACAAUUACUUAUUGGCAGAAGUAACAAGGCUUUUGUGGGGAAUUAUGGGACUUUUACUAAAUGUACCAAGACCAUUCGAUUUGUCAACACAAGGAUCUAGCUAACCGGGCAUUGGCAACCAUGUGCCUGUGAAAAUUUUUUAAACUUGCAAUGAGGAAAUAUGAUAGAAAAUCAUUGAUCUGAAUUGAUAUGGGACAUUUUCACUUUUGACAUUUUUGUAAACUUUGGACUUAAUGGAAAUGGAGGCGGUUAUAACAGUUGUCUUAAAAACCUUGGAGGACUUUCUGGCUACGGAUGAUUUGUUUGUAGACUAUUUCAAUGCCUACCUGUCAUUACCGACUUUUCCUGCCCCUCUCUGCUUCAACAAAGACACAGGGGGAUUUGAGGUGGUGACGGAUGCCAAGAAAGAGCUUGCCAAACAGAUCAAAGCUGCCAUUCGAUCUCAGAAGAGGACCCCCAAAAUCUACAAUGUGGUCAAGCAGCACAGCUUCUCAAAUAUUCCCCUCAUCCCCAUCGAGGAACCAGAUGAACCAGAAAACUUGGAGAUCAACACCAGCUUUACUGUCACUACUCUCAACAAGGAGCAGGGAAUACACUGGAUCAAGGAGGAGAGACUCCCAGCAUUUCUGGAAAGUGAGUUCUACAUGGAAUACAGACUCGGAAAGCUCAUCUCCCAGACCAAAGUCCAGGGGGACAAGGGGCAGUUUGUCCUCAUGUCGGUGGACUACAAGCCCAAGACCAAGAUCCGCAGGAAGAAAUCGAUUGAGGAGGUACCCCAGAUUGACCCCAAGGAAAAGAUGACAAAGGAUAUGUUUGUAUGUAUGGGGGACACACCAACAACAGAAGCUGAGGCUUGGUUCACUAGUGCUCAGAUCACACAGAACUCUGACAUGACCUUCUCCACUCUAGCCCGACCCAAGAGUGCCGAGAUUGUGAGGAGGCCCAACAGUGCUCGACCAAUCAGUGCCUACAGUGCAUUGGAGGGUUAUCAUCGCUCCGAGAGUGGGGUGGGGACUUCGGUGAGGAGCUCCGUCUACAGCGGUCAUCAUUCCAAAACUUCCAUAGAGAACCUAGAGGAUGUGUAUUCUAGCAAGCUCUUUGCUGUGGAUGGAAAACCCAUGAUACAUAAACCUUCAGAAUCAGUGUUUAGUGUUACAGAAGACCAUUCUAAACAACAAAUGAGACCUUUUAGUUCUACUGUUUAUACAAGUCCCAAAAUUGAUCCCAUAGAGGUGGAUGAUGAGUCAGGUUUUGAAGCAACAGACAGUGAUUCAACUUCUUCCAAAGAAAGACAGGAUGAUUUCUUAGAUGAAGAACCAGCAGUACCUCAACAAGAAGAACCAUCUUCUUCUCCACUCCAAGAUGGCCAACAAAACAUAGUGUUCAAAAACAUUGAUGACAUAGGAGCAGCUGUGGUAAGAGCAGUUCUAACCAAAUCUAUUGCCCAGCUCAGCAACAGAGAAGAAAAGGAGGUGCUGCAAGACCCAACAGUAAUAAAGAGUCUUCCCCAAACACAACACAAGAAUCUGACAGUGGACAUGCUGGAUAGAGUCACUCUGGAUGAAAAGGAGGAAGAACCUGAAGAGGAAGAGGUGCAAGAGGAUGAAGAAGAACUAGAGAAAGAGAAGGAAGAAGAGAGUGAUAAUGAUUCACUGCUGGAUAGUGAAGAAGAUUACGAGGAGGGGGACACGUUCUUCAGGAAACACAGACACAAGACCUACUCCCUCAGCAACAGGAAGGGGAUAGAACAGUUCAAGGUGUUCCUAGAGGGCACUGCUGGGGAGAAGAACUGGAGACUGUGGAUUGAUAUAGAUAGGCUGGUGUGGAUGAACAAACAGGAUAAAAUAGAUCCUCACAUCAAACAUGUACAGACACAGCAGUUUCUGUCCUAUAUACGAGAGCAAUAUCACAAGCAAGGUGCCCCGUAUGAACUUUCCUUUGAACAGAAGCAAGAACUUGGACUUGUGGAGCCAUCAUCAUGGACUUUGGAAAAGCUUGGCAAGAUACAGAACAAAAUAGCAGAGCCCCUUGUCUUAUACUGGGCUCCAAGAUUUUUAUUAAAACAAGUACAGUACAAGAAACCAGAAGAAAACUACCUCUACCAGAACCUGAAGCAGGUGAAAGCUCAAGACAGCAGUGUCAACCCCAGCCCUCACACUGCCACGCUACUGCCCCUCCGACCAAAGUCAUGUAUGCCCCGGAUACAGCAGUCCAUUAACUUACAUCCCCCAUCAGUCAGACCCCCAGUCCUGCCAGAGACGUCUCCUCCGGUGGGGAUGAAGAGGGUCUAUGCUCCCUCAGCCCUCCGUCCUCACUCCUCAAACUACAAAACAAGGCAGGAGGAGAGGAGGAAAAAGAUGUUGUCCUCACAGUUCUCUGUAGAUAAGUCAACUAAACCUCGCAUCAGGAGUGCUCCAAGUUUGUCCCAUAGUCGGACCUCCUCUGCCGCCUCAGCACAUCGUUCCUCUGCCAGACCUUCCUCCUCGGUGAAGACUCCAGUGGGCUCGGAGAAACUGGACACAGAAGUGAGAUCUCGCCCCUCCUCAGCCGGGUCUGACCGCGGGUCAGUAUCCAGUUCCAUCAGUUCGGUGUUCCCAGGAGGAAGAAGGAUGGACGCUCUUCUAAAGGCUCUCUAUCAUGAACGACAGGCCGGUGGAUUCUUUCAGAAAUACAUUGAAAGAAGUGGUAACAAGAUGUGGGUGAACUGUUUAAAUUUCUGGACUGAUGUUCAAGAAUACCACACACUCUUUUAUGCUGAAGUCAUAGAUCCAUACAUUGUACAGAAAAAAGCAAAGGUGAUCUACUCUCGGUACAUUGUGGUAGGAGGGGAUCGUAACAUUGGCUGUAGCCAUGAGAUCAGAUCUAGGGUGUACAGAACCCUGCAGCCUCCCUUUGAGGACCUGUUUGAUGAGGCUGAGGAAUAUUCCUUGUCUGUUCUGUAUGUGGCAUGGAGUCAGAUGAUAAAUGUAGACAUGAAAACUUAUGGAAAGGUUGAAUUAAUAGAAGUCAAGAAACAUUUGGAGACAAGGUCAAAAUAUGUCUUAAAUUUACAGAGGAAAGGACUGAUAAAGCAGCGAGUGUUGACUCCCGAGGAUCCCAUGGAAGGUUAUGAGGACCCUGUAUACGAUGAGACUCUCCUGGAGAAAAUUCCUGAGGAGUUCCGAGAUUUCACUUUAGAGAAAUUGGUGCACAAUAGGAUAGAAGUAGAAAACUUUAAGUUAUUUUUGGCAGAAAAUUAUGCUAGUAUGGAUUUAUUAUGCUGGAUGGAUAUAGAACACUUCAGACGAAUGCCUCAAGUUGAUGAAAAGAAAAGAGAUGAGAAAGCUAAAGAAAUCAAAACAAAGUAUCUAAACAAGAAAUAUUUCUUUGGACCCAACAGUCCUGCAGGAAAAGAAGGCCAAGAUAAGGUAAUGGCUGCCGGUGGUGGGUAUGGUAAACUUCUGGAGGACCGUCCACCGAAUGCUGUUAUACUGGAGGCCCAGAAAUACGUCAGGGACAGGCUGGAGAAGAAGUGGCUCCCUCUGUUCCUGGCCACUCCCGAGUUUGCGGAGCGUCAGAAACCCAAGGCUGGCAUGGACGAUGUAGUGGAUGAUGUCUUGGUUCAGAAAAAGAAGAAAUCUCAGUCUGUGAUGAAGUUGUUGGACACAAAGUGGCAGUCUUCUGCAAAGGACGUAAUUCUCUUCCGAAAAUGUUUGCUCAAUCCAGUAACGGCCUUGCAGUUCCGUCGCUACGUAUCGGUCAAGGACAUCUCCAACAAGGAAGACAAACUGGAGAAUGAUGUUCUCUUCUGGUUAGAAGUCCAGCGCUUCAAGGAUCUGUAUCACGUUCACUGUGAUGACGCAGUGAUCCUAGCCAAGGUGAACUCCAUCAUUGGUUGUUUUAUUGAGUCGACCAUUCCACCAAGUCUUCAGAUUGAUAUACCAGCAGACCUUGCUGAGCGCAUCGCAGAACGAAAAUACGAAAGGAGUCCAUACAUCUUUAGGGAAGCUCAGCUAAUCGUCUUCCGUUACCUGUACCAACACUGGAACGAUUUCAUCAACUUUAGGAGUAACAUUGCUGAUGAGAAGGUCUUACCCACCAUAGAAAGACGAAGGAGACAUGCUAAAAUCAAGGAAAGACAUCGACAGAGGGAAAUGGAGGAGAAAGCUCAAAAGGGAAGUGCAUUAAACUCUCUGACUUCAUCAACUGCAUCUUUGAAAACCACCCACAAAACUUUGCCCCUAAACAGGGGGUGGCAUUCUUCGAGUCCCUCCACCCACAAACACAAGAAGACAGAGGCAGAAAGGCGGGCAGCUGAGGGAUUACCUCCCCUUGGUGAUGAGGAUGAAGAUGACCAGUUUCAUGACCCCUUUGCCAUGCAUCGGACUGAGGAAGAUGAAGAGGAAGCAGGACAUGGGGACACAAAGGACAAGAUUUCCUGGUCUUAUUCCAGUUAUAUGGCUGCCUUACACAAAGAGGACAUUCUCAAUAACACAGACGAGAGCACGUUCAGCUCCCUCAUGUCUGAUACAUCAUCAGUCCAUGGCAGUGAGUCUGCAGAGAAGGAAUCUAAUGCUGUGACCGUACAGUCCUCUUCUACUGUUACAAAAAAAGAAAUGAAGACUGAACAAACUCAAACUGACAAAAGGAAACAUGGAAAGGUUGGUUUUGCAGAGGAGCCCUCAAAACCUGAAACUCCAAUUAAAGGUGCUUUAAAGAAGAAGGGAAAGGAGAGUCCGACAUUAAAGGGACCAGUGGGUUUCUCCAAGAUGAUGCCAUUGGAGGAAGAAGGAGAAGAGGAACCAAUCAAAUCUCAGCAAAAGAAGGUCAAGGUCAAAGGAGAAUCAUUAAUGUCUGUCAAGGAAUGAAUGAAAGGCUAAGAAUUUAGAACCCUGUGAACUACAACAAAUUGAUGAUCGAAUGUUAUCCAUUGGGAGGACCAUUUUAUUUCCGAUGGGUUGUAGAAAAACAGCCUUGUUUACUCUUGGGGAAAAGUCCACCUUUCUAACUCUAGAUAGAUCUGCAUAUAAAUGAAAAUCUUACAAAUCUUGAGUACUUGUACAGUAGUUGCCUUAUAUGUGAACACUCAAUAGCAAUGCACAUCAAAAUGAGACAUGUCUACCGGUAUAAUAAGUACAAUUUACCUUUCUUUUUCUGAAGUGUCAAUUUCAUCUUUUAAAAAAAUGCACAAAGUAUGGACCGUUUUAUUAUCUGAAUCAAUAGAAUAACCCUUACAAAGAACAUGGAGAGGAGGGGAUUAUUCUGUGAUCUUGUGAUAAAUAUAUUUCUCAUAUCAGUUAUGAUUAUUUAUUUAAUACAGUUUAUUAUAAUUUUUAAUAUAUAAAACAUGACAUUAUUUUUUAACAUGAAUUUUAUUGUCAAUGUGUAUUAAAUUACAAGUCAAACUUGUAGGUCUCAAAAUAAUAAAUUAAUGAAGGCUUGCUUAUGAUGAUCAAUAUUAGAUUGAUAAGCCAACCAUCAUGAUUGAAGAAUUUUACCUGUUUGUGCACGAAUUGCUGAUCACUUUAGAGCAUAAUAAUAUUCUAGGUGAUGUUUUGUAUUCGUCCAAGCUCAGUCUGUGAUAUCAAAUAUUUUUGUCUAUUUUUGGUUUAUAAUUUUUAUAAAUAUUGCUAGUUUUACAUUUGUUCAGGUAUCUGUAAUAAUUAAAUAAAUGUAGAAGAAACUUGA